AUGUCUGGGAAUAACGAAGAUGCUAAUGCCUUUGGAUCUUUGUAUCCACCUCCGCCACCAUAUAUUAAAUUCUUCACAGAAGAAAAUUUAAGCAAACUACCUGAAUAUCAGAAACUAAAGAAAUCCGGCACAAUCGAGGAAAUUGAUGCGAAUAAGGACACCAAUGAUGAUACGGAAACGAUUACAAGUGAGUUAGAUUUUUUAAUCCCACCUGAAAUGCCACGAACUCAACAAUAUCGAGCAUUUGGCAAUAUAUGGCAAGUUAAGGAUCAAUUACCAGAUUUAGGAAGUAUGGGCAUUACCCAGUUAUAUAAGACGUCUAAUGAGAUUGGUGGGCCAAUGAAUUAUCAAUACAAAAUUGAAGAAUCGAGAAAAUUGUUAAAAUCUUUACUAUUAAAUUAUUUGGAAUUGAUUGGUAUAUUGAGUAUAAAUCCAGAACUUUAUGAAAAAAGAUGGAAAAUAUUCGAACUAUAUUAG